AUGGCCACAGUUCGGAUUUGUGUCUGCGGCGACGAAGGCACCGGCAAGUCCAGCCUAAUCACUUCGCUGGUUAAGGGUGUCUUCGUCACAAAUAAGAUUCAGCCUGUCCUUCCUCAAAUAACCAUCCCUCCUACGAUCGGAACACCGGAGAAUGUGACCACAACCACUGUCGUUGACACCUCGGCCCUGCCGCAGGAACGGACUAACCUGGCGCGCGAGAUCCGCAAAUGCAACGUCAUCCUCCUAGUGUACUCCGACCAUUACAGCUAUGAGCGUGUCGCGCUAUUUUGGCUACCAUAUUUUAGGUCGCUUGGAGUCAAUGUGCCCGUCAUUCUAUGCGCCAACAAAUCAGACCUGGCAGGGAGCCACAACGAGGCGCAGGUCAUCGAGGAGGAGAUGUUGCCUUUGAUGUCCGAGUUCAAGGAAAUAGACUCUUGUAUUCGCACGAGCGCGCGUGAACAUCGCAACGUUAAUGAAGCGUUCUUUGUCUGCCAAAAAGCCGUUACCCAUCCUAUCGCGCCAUUGUUCGAUUCAAAGGAGGCUGAAUUGAAGCCGGCAGCGGUGGCAGCGCUACAGCGCAUCUUUUACCUGAGUGAUCAGGACCGCGAUGGAUACUUGUCGGAUAAAGAAAUCGGAGAUUUUCAGACUAGGUGUUUUGGCAAACCCCUGAGUGAAGAGGACUUGGCCCACAUCAAGGAAACCAUUCAGAAGACCUAUCCUGAGUCUGUGACUGAGUCCGGGAUCGAUUGCCCCGGAUUCAUUCAUUUGAACAAGCUAUAUGCAGAGAAAGGGCGCCACGAGACUGUCUGGAUUAUCCUGCGAGCUUUUCAGUACACCGAUAACCUUUCGCUACAAGAGAGCUUCCUACAUCCUCGUUUCGAAGUCCCACCUUUUGCAUCUGCAGAACUUUCCCCCGAGGGUUAUCGAUUUUUCGUGAAUUUAUUCCUUCUCUCGGACAAGGACAAUGACGGUGGUCUGAACGAUGCUGAAUUGUCAUCUUUGUUUGCACCGACUCCUGGCCUACCCGCAUCUUGGGCCGACGGCUCAUUCCCCUCUUCAACAGUCCGCAAUGAAGCUGGACAUGUGACGCUUCAGGGCUGGUUGGCCCAAUGGAGUAUGACGACUUUUAUGUCUCCAAAGACCACGUUAGAAUACUUGGCCUAUCUGGGCUUUGAGUCUUCGGACCGAAGCAACCCCUCCACCACAGCCGCAUUGAAAAUGACAAGACCCCGUAAACGGCGCCGGCGCCCUGGUCGAGUCGGGCGCAAUGUGGUGCAGUGCCACGUUCUUGGAGCACCCGGGUCAGGCAAAUCUGCCCUACUGGAUGCCCUCCUUUCGCGUGGUUUCAGUACGACCUACCACCCCACCAUUCAGCCCCGCACCGCGGUCAAUACAGUCGAGCUGCCUGGCGGCAAACAAUGCUACCUCAUUAUGGACGAGAUGGGCGAAUUAGAGCCCGCCAUUCUUGAAAACCAGACGAAACUGCUUGAUCAGUGCGAUGUGGUCGCGUACACAUACGACUCGUCAGACCCGGACUCCUUUGCAUAUAUUCCCGCACUACGCGCCAAGUAUCCUCAUCUAGAAGAACUCCCCAGUGUCUUCAUAGCUCUAAAAGCCGACCUAGACCGCACAACUCAAAGGGCGGAGCACCAACCCCACGAGUACACAGCCAUGCUAAACAUGCCCAGCCCACCACUGCAUGUCAGCGUCACCUGGAGUUCUAUCCAAGAAGUCUUUGUUCAUAUCGCCGAGGCCGCGAUGGAGCCUAGCACAGCAUUUCCUCGUAGCGAGGAAGAUGUUGAGGGCAAAUGGAUGUCAUGGGGUAUUGCGCUUGGGGCGGUGGUCUGUGCCGGAGCGGCUGCCGUAAUGAUAUGGCGCCGAGUCAGUGGCAGUGGGAAUUGA